AUGCCUGGUUUUGAUUUCUCAAAUUACAACCGCAAUGCGGCUCUCCACGCCCGCGGCGUGCCCCUCCCCAAGGCGACCAGCACAGGUACCACCAUUGUGGGAUGUAUAUAUGAUGGUGGUGUAGUGAUCGCCGCCGAUACCCGUGCCACCUCAGGCCCCAUUGUCGCCGACAAGAACUGCGAAAAGCUCCAUUACAUCUCCCCCAACAUCUGGUGCGCCGGUGCCGGUACCGCCGCCGACACCGAGUUCACCACCGCCCUCAUCUCCUCCCAGCUCGAGCUCCAUUCCCUCUCCACCGGCCGCAAGCCCCGCGUGGUAACCGUCAUGACCAUGCUCAAGCAGCACCUCUUCCGCUACCAAGGGCACAUCGGCGCCUACCUCGUCGUCGCCGGCGUCGACCCCACUGGCACCCACCUCUUCACCGUCCACGCCCACGGCUCCACCGACAAGCUGCCCUACGUGACCAUGGGUUCCGGCUCCCUCGCCGCCAUGUCCGUCUUUGAGACGCAGUGGAAGGCCAAGCUGACCCAGGACGAGGCUGUGAAGCUCUGCGCGGAUGCUAUCGAGGCUGGUAUCUGGAACGAUUUGGGUUCUGGUAGCAACGUGGAUGUGGCAAUCAUCACGCCGGAGAAGACAAUUCUCAAGAGGAACUACAUCAAGCCAAACGAGAGGACGCAGAAGCUCAAGAGCUAUGUGUUCCCAACGGGUACCACGGCGGUGCUGAACGAGAAGAUCACGAUCAGGAAGCAGGAUAUUGGGAACUUUGUCAGUAUCACGGACUUGACGGAGGCGGAGGCUGGCGAUAAGAUGGAGGUUGACACAUAG